UACAUUAUUACAAUGGCUUAUUUACCUUAUGUACUUGAGCACAGUUGGUGUUUUUAUGAUCAAUUUUUUUUGCAAAAGGUAAACGGUCAAACUAAAUCUGCGUAAUAAUUUGCAGGGUUUAAAAUUCAUGCAUUUUAGUGGGUUAUUAAUAGUGAAUGAUACAUGCUCAUGGUAGGCUAACCUUUCCAGUAAGCUCCUUUAACCUGGGCUUGUGUACCAUGCCCCUAGAUUAUUUCUUUAUGUUGCUACAUGAAGAGCACUUAAUAUGCUGCUUUGCUGCUUUAAAUCUACAAAUACAUGAUACAAAUGAAGAUUUAUAGAUACAGUAAUUGUCUUUUCAUUUGCAUCAUUAACAUUACUGGUGUCAUUGUUGCCAAGUUCGGUACGUCGCUGUAGCCACAUCUCCCUUACCAGGCCGGGCUGUCAGCUGUGUGUUGGUUAUUUUUCAACUUGUAAUAUAAGAUAGAUGUACGCAACUUUCUUCAUCAUUUUAAAUCGGUUAUAUGUAUACACAAUCCUACACACAGAAUGUGAAAAAAAAAAUCAUAAGGUCAAAAACGUAAAAGGAAAGGGGAGCGGAGUGAGGGAGCCUCGUUGUUAGGGGUAUGUAGAGGCAGCAUUCCAUCUGGGCUGCAUUAUUAUGGUGAGUGUGGUGACCAGUCGACCAGUGUUGCUGAGGCUGCGUGUACACGAACUUGUAUCAUCUUUGGUACAGUAAUAUAUUGAAUAUUCGUGGUUGGGAAAAUUCUCUGGUCCGGUCCCGAGGGUGUUUUGGGUUGGAGAGGUCCAACCUGUUUAUAUUGUACAAUAAAUUCUUCACACUGGGUUGUACAGUACUAAUGUGUACAGUACUGAUAAUUUAGUAUCAGAUUAUCAAUGAUAUCCGGGAAUAAAGAGCUGUAUAGUACUGCGGCAGACAAUGAGUGAUGUCACGGUGUGGUGUUUCUCUUUCAGCCAGAAAUGUGGGUUUCACUGCGUUUGACAUGUCAGGUCAGGGUCGUUACCGGAGUCUGUGGGAGCACUACUACCAUGACUGCCAGGGUGUGAUCUUUGUGGUCGACUCCAGUGAUAAACUGCGACUGGUUGUGGCCAAAGAUGAGCUGGAUAUGUUACUACAGCAUGCUGAGAUACGUCAUCGGCGUAUUCCCAUCUUAUUUUUUGCCAACAAAAUGGACAUGCGUGAGGCAGUGAGCAGUGUCAAGGUAUCGGCAGCUUUAGGCCUGGAACGAAUUACCGACAAACCUUGGCAUAUCACUGCUUCCAAUGCCAUCACUGGCGAUGGUCUGCACGAGGGGGUGGAGUGGCUCACCAACCAGAUAAAAGAAAACAUCGAAAACAAUAACAAGCGAUAAUAAGGAUACAAAAGUCAGCUAUAUCUUGUCUAUUAAAAAUGCAAAUUGUGGCUUUAUUAGGUUAGUGAACCAGUGUGAUGGGUUGGUUCUUCAAAAGGUGUCAUAUGUUAAACUAGUCAUAGGCUUAAGUUAGUAAUUCUUAAUAAGCUGCUAUGACAUACAGUUUGAUGCAAAUAAUAGUAAGCCAAUACUAAGGCAAUUUUAUUGCAGGAGUGGCUAUGAUUGGCUGGGUUGUUGGCUUAUUAAGCUUCCCAAGUCAACACAGUAUUACCAGAGCAUUAACUCUAUGUAAUGUUUCCGUCCAUCUCUGCAGGCUGUGUUCCUCACUAGUGAGCUGUGAGGGCAAUCCUUCCUUUGUAGGUUAAGUAGACUACAGGACAUUAAAGCUUUAUAUUAAGACCCUACUGAUUUAGCUUAUAUUUUUGGAAAAUGCAAAAUAUGUUAACCAUUUGGUACAAUAUAAACAAGUACUGUGCUGUGCUGUGCUGUACUGUACUGUACUGUACUGUACUGUACUGUACUGUACUGUACUGUACUGUAACAUUAUUAUUAUAACUAUUAAAAGUAGAACAAGACUUAUUUACCAGCUGGUGAGAGCCUUUUUACAUCAGGAUUGAUGUUCAUUGAGCUGGCUGUUAUAAGUAAAAUAAUGUCUUAAUAGUUUAGAGAUGAUCUGUGCCAUCUUCUAUGAUGGGUUAAUGAAAUUGUUAAUGUUAAGUUAUCUUACUGAGGUGCAUUUGUUUUGGUUGUGUGAGUCCUUUGAGAAGUACAGUAUGUAAUGUAGACUAACAAGAUGAUCUAUAUUUGUAGAUGACAGAGAAGCUGUAAGCUUAUUAUUACAUGUGGUGGCCUCGUAGGUAAUAAGUGUAACUUCAAUAUUUAAUUUAUUUAAUCUAUUGUAGUACAAAUUUUAUCAGUGCAUUCCAUAUUGAGGUAAAAUAUUACCUAUUAAUUCUGCACCUUCUCAACACUAACCUUUUAAGAUGGGCUGUACAUUCUGUUGUGUCAGUGUAUUAUACAGGAUGUCUCAUGAAAACAUAUACACACUGCCUUGGGGAUUUUUAGAGAAUGUGUGAAUGUUUGUAUUACAACAUCAACAGUGUCCUCACUUGUUGAUGUGUGAGGACAAUAUCGCUGUUGUAAUACAAACAUUCAUACAUUUGUCACAAAAAUCUAUAAGGUAAUGGUGGGUGACUGCACGUGUAGGCAUUGAAGGAAAUGAGCACACUGAUCUAGCAGCAAAGGAGGCAGUUGGCCUCUCUCAUGCUGUGAGUGUCAGUAUACCUCACAGUGACCUGAAGGUUGAGGAUUGGCCACACACCUGACAGUUAACCAUAUCCUAAUUGACUGCAGGUCUUUUAAUCAUCAAAGGAGAGUCAACUCUUUUAACAAUAAAUCUGUCUAAUUUGUAUAAAAGAUGGAGAUAUUGUUAAUGUUAAGUUUUUAAAACAAAUUUGGUUAUAUUAUAGCACAGACAAACACACACACACUGUAUAUCUACAGUACAUAUACCAAGUUUAGCAUUAUCUAGCUUAUACCUAAAUCCAGCACUGGGACCAUUGGCUCCAGCACUUGGCUUUGAACCUAAAAUCCAUAAAUCAAUCUGUAAGGUUACAGUAGGCUCUCACCAAUAACGUUUAAUAGGCGCCUGAAAAACACCGUUAUUAGCGAAAACGUUAUUUGUGUGACAUUAAAAUACAUGUAAAAAGGGUUUAUUGGUGCCGCC